CCUCUCCUCCCGUCCUACACGUCUCCCACCUCUCCCCUGGACCUGUCUUCCCCCUCCUUCACAGACAGCCUCCCACCAGACAGCUCCAGCAGCCCCACCCCGGGGGGAGAGACCACCACGGCCCAGCCCAGCUACCCUCGCUUCAUCGGACAGGGCUUCAACGAGAACCUCAUCCCCAUCUACUGCUCCAUCCUGGCUGCUGUGGUGGUGGGGCUGGUGGCCUUCAUCGUCUUCAAAAGGUGAGGGGUCAUGGAAUGGGACCAGAGACAAAGCAGGGAGAUAGGAUAUGAGCACAGAUAGAAGCAGAUAUCAUGCAGAUAGAAGCAGAUAUCAUGCAGAUAAAAGCAGCUUUCAUGCAGAUAGAAGCAUAUAUCAUUCAGAUAGAAGCAGAUAUCAUGCAGAUAGAAGCAGCUUUCAUGCAGAUAGAAGCAGAUAUCAUUCAGAUAGAAGCAGCUAUCAUAUAGAUAGGAUCAGAUAUCACACAGAUAGAAGCAGCCAUCACACAGGUAGAAGCAGCUAUCACACAGAUAGGACCAGAGACAAAGCAGGGAGGAUAAUACAUGUAUACAGACAGCACUUUUCUCUUUCAGUGGGCUCAGGCUGGAGGAGGGAGAGAGAGGGAAUGAACUAGGACAGAGAGGUUGAAUAGUCAGGGAGGGGAACAGACAGGCAGGGUGGUGUUUGAGUGAUGUAGCCCAUGGCUAAAGAAAGGCAGGGAGGCAGAUAGAGAGGGACUGUAUGGUGAAAUAUUCAGGCCUGCUGUGGAAUGGCGAAACAUUGACCCAGUUACACCACAUGAUUACACACACACACAUACACUCCAACACACCAUAAUGCAUUUCAAAGGUCACACACUCAGAGCAUAAUGAUUGACAGAGGUCAGUCACACAUCAAACAUUAGAAAUGACGCACAGAGACACACACACACACGCAUGUGCACACAAACACAUACACACACACACACACACACACACACACACACACACACACACACACACACACACACACACACACACACACACACACAGCGAUUCAAACACACCAUGUAGCAAGUAAACAAGCUCAUCAUCACAUCCAGCAUCUAUUGUAAAGUGCAGUCCAGUUGAAAUCUGAGUGGCUACUUCGUCAACACAAACAGUUACGGGGCUACUUUAGUAUCUGUCUCCUUCCACUGUAUAGACAGGUACAACACUGUCUGUUAAAAGGCUUUGAUUGACUGAUUGAUUAGAUUUGAUCAUUACAACUAGAAGGCUGCUCCAGCCAGAGACAACAUUACAUUAAAAAUGAUUGAGGAUAAAACCACUAUAAAGCCAGAAGGCUUGUUUCCCUUGUGCUUCUUUAUGUUUACUGGAAUACAUUCAGAGAUGUUCGAUGACUUAUCACUCCUCGUCCCUGCCACGUGUCCUGAUGACGAUCCCAAUCCCAAAAUGUCCAUCACUUGCAUCACACCAAUUAAACCACUGCUGUGAACACAGUGUUACAUGGCAUGACUCACUUCUUCUCCGGUCACACCUUCCCAGGUGGAACAGCUGCAAGCAGAACAAACAGCCGGCUAACAACCGCCAAGCCACAGCAGCCAAUCAGACGGUGACGCCGGAGGGGGAGAAGCUGCACAGCGACAGCGGCAUCUCAGUGGACAGUCAGAGUCUGCAGGAGCAGCAGCAUGCAGCCCAGGCCCAGGUCCCAGACACAGACACACAGACAGGAACAUAUAGG